ACGCCGCCGGUCCACCUCUAACCAUCUGCCCACCUGUUCCCGACACACAAAUGUACGCAUGCCAUGGUUACUUAUUCCAUUUCAGUAGCGUGAUAUCCAGCAAACUACCUGUACUGAUUCCUGUCCGGCACUCCUUGCGAACUCUAGUAGUGGGUGUGGAGAAGAUCAGUCAGUCAGUAUAUUUUUAUAGUAAAUGACAGAAGUCCUGGAAACUCUAUUUAAACCGUACAGGUGUAAAUGAAAGGAGUUAAACUGCAAAAAUCUUACUUGUAAUUUCAGUGCGCAGAAUGCAUAAAACUAAUGGUGGGACCUAAAUGUGAAAAAGGUGUGGCAUUUGCAAAAUAACGUCGAAAAAAUCGUUCAUUUCAUUUGCACUGGGAAAAUUUUCAUCUGUACCCGAAAGGAUCUGUUGAAUUCAUGUUAGUAGCACAUUUUAUCCUCCUUCGGAAUCCGCAGUUACCGCCUUCGAUGGCUUUGUCAUUGUCUACUAUCCAAAAUGUCACGGUAUUGGGGUGUUAAUCAGUCGUUAGCACGUCUUGUGGGAAAGUACGGCCUCCUUUUUGGCGAUUGUCCCACUAAAAGCGAUGAAAGAGUGUGUUCUGCCUUACCACCUGGUCUUUGGCAGAAAAUUACUUGAUCUGGAAUUUUAGCUAGUGUCUGUACUGUCAGUAUGGUGAAUCAUAUAACACUGGACAUUUAUUAUGAAUGUUCUCAGACUGAUGUCCUAACGACCCAAUAAUUAGGCACUAAAAACUACCCUGUUCUAAUCCAUCUUUGAAAGCACCCGUUGAUAAUUUUUGCUGAACUGAGAAGAUAGGUGUCUGUGGAAUUGGCCGGAUCCUACGGCAAUCUCGAAACGUUCGCUAGUUUUUCGGACGGAACAAGCGAAAGUGAGCCUCUGUCUUGGAUCGAGUUAGUUCUAUUUUUAAUGAGAUGUCCUCAAUAAUCCGAUGUCUGGUCCUCGCCCGUGUCUCCAACUCUAAGUUCAUGCAUUUGUUUCUCUGAGAAAUUGUUUUCUCGGAAAGUAAUGAAGCCUGCGUUUUGUCUGCAGGAAAAAGCACUCUAUUUUUCGGUAUUUUGGGUCGCUCGCAGACCCAAGGCGCACUUGGGGCCAAAGGCCGGCAGAAAAAAUGUCUGGUCAUGUCUUAUGGGUCCUUCGUCCAGCAAAACGAGUUACGCCACUAUUUUUGGGUGACCGGUGAUUUCUUACGUGGUCAUUAGGCUACAGCAAGCUAGGCUUGUGUAGCGUCGGCCUAAAUCAUCCUUACCUAACUAUCUCGAUCCAAUUACAGCAAGUAGGCUAUCUAAUGAAAAGUCUAUCGAAAUUCCGAAGUGUGUUUUCUACUGGUAAGGAUUACUUAGUCAGGGCUGUAGUACUGAUUAUCGUGCGUCAUAAUCCCGGAAUAUUUCAGCCAAACCAGAACGCCAGCCUUUAAAUGAGCUUCUUUCCCGCUGCCUGUAUAAAUCACACUCGGCGACAUAUAACUAUUUAAGUUGAGUGAUAUUUUUCCGUUGUCUUUCGAUAUCCUCAUAAAUUCAGAUAUACUUUAUAGAAAACACGCAUAAAAUUCUUCUCUAUACUCAUCUCAUGUCUUAAAAUUUGAUGCUUGAAAAAAUUGCAACUUAGAGUUCCAAAAAUAGUUUGUAGUAAUGUCGUUCUCAAGACCGUGAGGUGUCUAUUCACAAAGAAUUGUACCAGUACGUCUACUACUGCUGCUUAUUAAGUAUUCAACACGGUCUGCAUCCGUUGUAGAAUAGUAUGAGCCCUAUGUGACAUCUUCUUUAAUAGCAUAGGGAAACAUAUGAUUUAUCGGUUAGAUGAUACUUGGUAGUCCUUCUGACACCGCAAACUCCCAGCUGCCUGUCAAUCGGGAUCGGUGGUAAUAGGGCUAUACGGGUGGGACAAUUGAGUGGAGGGGUAACUGGCGAUUGUAGUAUAUGCUAGGAAUUGACGCUCCAGGUAAAGUGGAAGCCUAAUUUAGAUUAGGUUAAAAAUACAAGGAAGGUAUGGAAAUGAGCAAGGAGACUUUGAACGGUGUGCGGGAUAAAUGCAUCCUAGCCUCAGAUUGGAAAGAAAAGCAAGUGAUGGCGAACAACCAAUGGGAAGAAGGCAACUGGUCCUAAGGUCAUUCCGCAGUGUGUGCGAUAGAACUCCACCCAACAUAAUGGACAGAAGAACACGAGAGUCAAGCAGCGGCACGCGGAACGCCACAACGUAAGCCGGGUAAGACUUUUAUGCGAAAAAUUGGUUUGGGCUGAAGAGAAAAUCCGCAAAUAAUGAGGCAGUCGAAAGCUAACUUUGCUAAUGAAAGUUGAUAAACGGUAAGCCUCAUUGUCAUCGUUACCGGUGCCAAUCCGCCCACGAUAGUACCUCUACAAUGAAUGAGGCAGUCAAAAGCUACCUCUUCUUAUGAUAGUUUAUGUAGGGAAAGCCUCAGUGUCAUCGUUACCGGUGCCAAUCCGCCCAGGAUAAUACCUCCACAAUGAAUCUGGUACAGGUAAUACAGCGUAAAUUGAAAAGCAUAAUGAGAAAGUAAUCAUAGCUACUGAAAUCAAGCCAGUAGGUACAAUUGUGGAUUCUGUGGGCACGGCAGCCAACUACCUCUUCUAAUGAAAGUUGACAUAGGGUAAGCCUCAUUGUCAUCGUUACCGGUGCAAAUCUGCCCAGGAUAGCACGUCUAAAAUGAAUCUGAUACAGGUAAUACAGCGUGCGCGUGAAUUUAGAAGCAUAAUGAGAACGCAAUCACAGCUACUGAAAUCGAGCCACUAGGUACCAUUGGGGAGUGUGUGGGCACGGCUACCAACUAUCAUCUUACCGAUUUAUCUUACACGGGCAGUUUGCAGCAUGGGUUUUGGAACCCUUAGCGCAAGUGUAGCCGCAGGUUGGAUUCAAAAUGAUCCGGAAUUUGAAAAAGAAUUUAAAACUGAAAGAUACCCGUUCUUUGGAUAUAAAAUCCGAGGAAAACGUAAUUCUCUACCAAAUGAGUACAUGACAGUAAAACGCAUUAUACUUUACAAACAUAGCGAAGCUGGAUGGAAACUGCGUGCUACUUAAGUAGCCAUCUUCCGCCGAGUGUGGUUUACAUAGGUGGCGCGAAAGAAGCUCAUUUAAAAGCCGGCAUCCUGGCGUGACUGAAAUAUUGCGGAAUUAUGCCGCACAGUAAUCAGUCCUACAACUUCUCCUAGGUAAUCCUUUCCAAUUGAAAACACAUUUCAGAAUUUCGGUCAACAUUUCGUGGCAUCUGUCACUUACUAGGUGCAGACAACGCCCAAUGUACCACGUUUCCAAGGUCGUGAAAUCUUUGCUGAAAUCCUCCGGCGGGCUUGUAUUUAAAGCUGGCUACGUAAGUUGGUUUUCAAUACUUACACGCAGGGAGCUCAAUCUGAACACAGUCCACACAUCAUGCCUAAAUGAUUUUCUGCCGUAAUUUUUCUCGGUAGUAUCAUCAGGGUUUUCGACCCGAUCUGAUGGCAUUAAGACUUUGAAUCAACCCCAACCUCUACUAACUGCCAUCUUCACGCCUUUGUGCACGCAGAACGCAGCUCCACCAACAAACCAGUCGGCUGCCGCGCCAAGACGAAAGUCCAUUCUCCGCUCGAGAACUCUGAGUUUGAACGCUGACUCCUAUGGAUGUGAUGACAGCGGUGGUUGUUAUUCCGUUGUUAAGCAAAGCCGAGCAUGUGGAACGCGUAUCCGCGCCGACCCCGUCACUCUCUUUCAUGCCUACAGACGUCAAUGGCGCAACACUCUUGUGCCCGGUGAGAAUGAUCGUCGUUCCCUACGAUGGUCCGUGAAGGCAGCCAUGAUGAUACGCGAGAUCCCUGUGCUACCCAGCUCCGGUCGUUCAAUCAGGUCGCAGUUUCAUGUUCAUCCUGGCGUAGUCGAGUCCCGCACUCCGCGAAAGCGCAUUUCCACCUCUUCUGCCCGCCAGGAGUCCCGAUUCCUGGUACGUCUAUGCUUCUUCCUAUUCGUUCGGCUUGUUGUUUAAAAGUGCUUCUACACCCACAUCAGCAUGAAAAAUGUGUCAAAAGUUAACCAACUUAAUCGCAUGUCUUAACGCUUUUGGACGUGGUUGAUAUGAGGUAUUGUAUGGCUACUGAAAUUGUGUUAGUAGGCCGUUUUGUUGACGACCAGUUGACUCGGAGGCUCUACUGGUCAGAGGCUCAUUUAAACUACCACCCGGUCUGUUUCAGUGCAGGCGGAAACAACCCUUUUACUUUCGGGCAAUAUAAGCUGCAUUUUUAUACCGUUUAAAUAAUCGCCGGUCUUGUUUGUUGACAAGCCUCGUCCCUUAGCAAAAUUACAAUGUAUUGCCCCCCUUAUCCCCCUCCCCCAGUCCAACCAAAUAAAGGGACCUAUCUCUGCCUCUUCUUCACACUUACUUCUGUUUACUGAUUUAUGAAUCUUUAAAAUAAAGUAUAUGCUGUUAGACCACCCACGAGCAAUAACUUUUAUAUUUACAUAAGUCCGUAAUUUUCUUGAUUUUAAGUCAGUGAUUAGAUGGUUUUCGUUUUAUGAUGCUAUCCCACCGAAAUCCAGGGAAUCUUAGUAAAAUUGGCCAGGUGUUUUUCUUUAAUAUAUAUAUGUAUAUAUACAAAUUUGCAUUUUCAAAACUGGAUCUCAGGUUGAGUAAGUUAAAUAUUUCGGGCAUCCGUUGUCGCGGACUGCGGAGACGCUGAAAGUCGUUGUUAUCUAUGUAGCGGUCUGAGCACCCCGUUAUCAGUUAUUUCUCCGCACUGAUUGGAAAGUCACGGCAGAUAGUUAGGACAGUUUUACAUGGUGUCUGAGGUCUCAGGCUUUUGAGUCUACUGUCCGUUGGUGAAGACUAAAUGUGGAGAAAUUCCUUGUUAUUUAUAGAAGUAUCGAAGCUGGCCAUUCUACUUAUAGCAUGACGUUUUAGGAGGUUGUAGUGGGUGAGGUGGGACCGCCUAAGAUAGAAUCGUUCGGCGCAUGCGAGCCCUCAACUGGGAAUCCUCUUAUCUCCUGUGGGAGUCUGCGGGCUUGGAGCUGCGCGCCCCGUCGCCAGUUGGUGUUCACGUGGUCGAGUUUGCAGCUUGCAUCCGAUCAGCAUAAGGCAAUCGCGAUUCCUAUCUCUGCAGACUAAGGAGGAGUUUUUGUAAUAAGGUAGAGGAUCCUUUGGUUUAACCAAACGUCAACGAAGUGUAGGCUAUGUUCGUCAGGCCAUGAUUAUGAGGUCUUCAAUGACCUUUGACAGUUCGACCGUCGAGUCCGACGAUAUCCACCGUGUGCCUCACAGCAGGGUGCGACAGGCUCGGUGAGCUUGCGCGUGUAUUAGUUUAUAGUGGUAGUGGACUUGCGCAGCAUCUACCGCACCCUCUCCUCUCCCACCUGGACCCGGUGUCAAGACAGAGCCAAGAAGACAGGAGGCGGUGGAGGGCGCAGGUGGGUGGCAUGGUCGGACCCGCACCUAGGCGUGCUACCACACUCCCUGGUCCACAACAUACACUUGACCAGGAUUUUUUCCAACAACACCCCAGCAGGGGUCAGAAGGACGCGAACGACUUGGCAGCCAUGCCCACCACUUGUAUACCCAGCAGAAGCGCAAGCGCAUCUACUGUCAGGGAACCAGGUGUCAAGGAACUGCCAGCGCAUACCAGGCUGCGAGGGCCAUGAUUUGUUGAUAGUGGCAUAUCACUCGUUUUCGGACCUUUUGACCUAGAAGCAUGACUGUCAGACGACCGUCAGCAUCGUCAAUUUCACGCAACCAACCAAAAUCAGCGCAAAAGUUCAGUCGUUACAGCCCUGUAAUGCCACAUGGAGCUCAGUAAUCCAGUCAUUUUGCGGUUUCUGUUGUCUUACCCUGUUCGCUUAUCAGUCGCUUGUUGCUUAUGGUUUGAAACCGGUUUGUCAGUCCCAUAACCCACCACUACUGGCAUAGCACACGCUUUUAGACCAUUUGACCUUGAAUGACGUAAAGGCUUUUAAAAAAAACCAUUGACGCACACAGUGACACUGUACAAUUUAACCCGUCGCCCUUAAGGCUUACAGGCGUCCUUUCUAUUCCUAUUUCACUCUAAAAGUAGCCAAAAUGCCAGUUCGUUCUGAAUAGAUCUCUGAGAUUCGUUGACUGCUGUGAUAAACUGUGUUUCUAUACGUUGAAUCUGUGUGUGAACGCUAGUGUUCCUCUUGUGCCUUCGACUUUUAAUUUGAUGUUCUUACUUUCUCAUUUAAAGUAAUUGGACGCAUUUUUUCCUGGUAUGAAUGUACCACAAGCAUACAUAGCAGAAUUUAUUCGCACCAACAAAUUUCGCGACCACCUAUCAGCUGCAACCCGUCACUGUAUAGUACAGAUAACGAAUAAGAAUCACACAGCAAUUUGAAUUUUCACAGAAAAAAAAACAAUGCAAAACAGCAUGGUUAUUGUCUAGUGCACACGGUCUAAUCAAUGAAAAUGGUAACUUGUAAACUUAAUUUAGGAAGGAGAAAAAUGGAAAGUUAUCAUACAAAAAGGGGACUGAGGAUUACCAGGGUUGACCACUUGGUCCAUCUGUUUGCGUAGGUCGGGGUUCUCUCGCCGCAUGUAGGCUGCCUCCAAGUAGCGCGCAAUGCCCGAAUCGUUCGUGCUCGAACAAGUACUCGGAAGAAUGUUUUGGAGUUGACGAAGUUAAUCCUAUCUGGGGGGCGUUGCAUGAUAGAAGAAUGAGGAACUCUAUUUUCCGGCUUUUAAAGUCAGUUAGGCAGGCACUCAACAGAUCUGGCUGCCAGUUGCCUUUACGUUUGCCCAUGUCCUUGUACCCACAAGCGCACUUUAAUUCAUAAACACCAUUUGAGUUGUCUUGCUUUGGCAAGAAAUCCUUUUCCCUAGAGAGUAGGGCUGCUGAAUAUGUCCUCGGCUGCAUUGUAUGUCCUUUCAGUGGUGUAUCUCAACCGUCGUUUGAUGAUAUUUACAAUGUCGUCACCCCUGACGGGUAAGACGUGCAAUGACAAGGCAUCAUUUGUCCGUAAAAUUGAAACACUUUUUUGGUAGGAUACGGUUCAAAAAUAGGACAACCAAACAGACCCUUGGAAACUGUGGAAUUUUUAUUUUAUGGAGCAUGUCGUCUUCGUAAAUCUUCAACGAUAUCAUUCCUGUCCUUAAUUCUCCCACCCUCCCCCUGCCACUUUUAUUUCAGCAGGAACACUCACCGUAA